CCCAAAACACCCCUCUCAUUUCGUGAUCUCCUUCAAUCCAUUCAAAAUCCCCCUCCUAAUUACCAAUACCGAUUUCCGAUUACCCCUUUCCUCCUUUUUGGCUGCUGCGCCUCCGCUUUUGUGCUGCGUACUUCUGUGUAUCUGUGCCUCCACGUCGAUGGAGCUGCAGAAGCGCCAAGAUCAGGGCCUGCCGCAGCGGAAGGGGCAGAAGCGGAAACUGGAGGAGGAAAUCAAAGACGAGCAGCCGGGGAUCUCACCGUCGCCGGUCGCCUCCUCCGACGCUCGCCGCGCCAUCCUGUCGGAGGUAGCUGUCCAGGUCAGCAUCCUCGACUCGGCCUUCUCUUGGCAAGAAGCAGAUCGAGCUGCCGCCAAGCGCGCCACUCAUGUCCUUGCCGACCUUGCUAAAAACGAUGAGGUAGUGAACGUGAUUGUCGAAGGGGGAGCUGUUCCGGCUCUGGUGAAGCAUCUUCAAUCACCGCCGAUAACUGAAGUUGAUGGGAGCGUGAGGCCUUUCGAGCAUGAAGUCGAGAAGGGCAGUGCCUUCGCUCUGGGAUUGCUUGCUGUCAAGCCAGAGCAUCAGCAACUCAUAGUUGACCAUGGAGCCUUACCUCAUCUUGUGGACUUGCUAAAGAGGCACACCGAGGGAACAACUCGAGCUGUGACUAGUGUGGUUAGAAGAGCCGCCGAUGCAAUUACCAACCUCGCUCAUGAGAACAGCAACAUUAAGACACUCGUUAGGAGGGAAGGAGGAAUUCCGCCUCUUGUCGAAUUGCUAGAAUUCGCCGACACAAAGGUGCAAAGGGCAGCCGCUGGUGCUUUGCGAACUCUUGCAUUUAAAAACGACGAGAACAAAAAUCAGAUUGUUGAAUGUAGUGCGCUUCCUACUCUCAUUUUAAUGCUGCGGUCUGAGGAUGCAGCCAUACAUUAUGAAGCGGUUGGCGUUAUUGGGAAUCUGGUGCAUUCCUCCCCAAACAUAAAGAAAGAAGUGCUUGCCGCCGGGGCUAUACAACCUGUCAUUGGCUUGCUUAGCUCGUGUUGCUCAGAGAGUCAAAGAGAGGCAGCUUUGUUACUUGGCCAAUUUGCUGCAACAGAUUCAGAUUGCAAGGUUCACAUUGUGCAAAGAGGUGCAGUUGGACCAUUGAUUGAGAUGCUCCAAUCUUCUGAUGUACAGUUGCGUGAAAUGUCAGCCUUUGCAUUAGGGAGAGUGGCUCAGGACCCGCACAACCAAGCUGGUAUAGCUCACAACGGUGGUUUAAUACCAUUACUGAAGCUCCUUGACUCGAAAAAUGGGUCGUUGCAACAUAAUGCAGCAUUUGCGUUGUAUGGUCUUGCCGAUAAUGAGGAUAAUGUGUCUGAUUUUAUUAGAGUGGGAGGUGUCCAGAAGCUUCAGGAUGGAGAAUUCAUUGUCCAAGCUACGAAAGAUUGUGUGGCCAAGACAUUGAAGAGAUUAGAGGAGAAGAUUCAAGGACGAGUGUUGAAGCAUUUGCUAUAUAUAAUGCGAGUAGCUGAAAAGAUUGUUCAACGACGGGUUGCAUUGGCUCUGGCUCAUCUUUGUGCGCCUGAUGAUCAGAGACUAAUUUUCGUAGAUAACGGAGGAUUGGAGUUAUUGUUGGGGCUUCUUGGUUCUGCAAACAUGAAACAGCAACUUGAUGGAGCUAUUGCUCUAUACAAGUUGGCCAACAAAGCUAUGACACUCUCUCCAGUAGAUGCAGCUCCACCUUCUCCAACCCCGCAGGUUUAUUUGGGGGAGCAAUAUGUAAACAACGCUACACUAUCUGAUGUCACCUUUCUAGUUGAAGGAAGACGGUUCUAUGCACACAGAAUUUGCUUACUGGCUUCGUCAGAUGCAUUCCGUGCAAUGUUCGAUGGGGGUUACCGGGAAAAGGAUGCAAGGGAUAUUGAAAUUCCAAACAUCAGAUGGGAAGUUUUCGAGUUGAUGAUGAGAUUCAUAUACACGGGGUCCGUAAAUGUUGCCCUAGAUGUUGCUCAAGAUCUGCUCCGGGCGGCCGAUCAGUAUCUAUUGGAGGCUCUAAAGCGACUCUGCGAGUAUACAAUAGCACAGGACAUAUCCCUGGACAAUGUUGCAAGCAUGUACGAGCUCUCAGAAUCCUUCCAUGCUUUUUCACUGAGGCACACUUGCAUCUUGUUCAUCUUGGAGCAUUUCGAUAAAUUGAGUGCUAAGCCCAGGUAUGUUUCUCUGGUCAAUCACAUCGUGAUCAUGUCCUUGUUCAUGUUCACAAGCUCAUUUUUGGUUAUGUACGCGUGUUAUGUAAGAAGAAACUCUUUGAGCGACGAUUUUGUCAUUCGAGGAGGCUUCUUUGCUAUGGAUUCCAGUGCCACAUCACCAAAGUACGAACGCCGCCCAUUUUCGAUUAAACUAUGGCCCCCUAGUGACAACACGAGGCAGAUGCUUGUCGCCCGAGUAGCGGGAAAUCUGAGUUCACAGUCUAUUUUCGCUCAAAAGUAUGGGACCCUGGGCAAAGAGGAAGCGGAGGAGAAUGCAAAGAGGAUCGAAGCUGUUGCCUUCAAAGCUGCAAGCCAACAGUAUGAUAACGAACCAGAUGGUGACGGAGGUUCUGCUGUACAGCUUUAUGCUAAAGAAUGCAGUAAGCUUAUUUUGGAUGUCCUGAAGAGAGGCCCUGUGCCAAAGGAAGACAUGGAAGAUCUUCCGUCUGAGGAAGGAGACCCUGGCCCGAAGGAUAGCGUGGAAGUCAUCACACCACCUCCCGAGACUUUCUUUGACAUUUCCAAGGGAUCCAGAUCUUUCAUAGAGGCAGAGGAGACCGAGGAAAUUCUGAAGCCAUUGAAGAAGCCUGGAAAUUCUUAUUCAAAGAUAUGCUUCAGCAACAGGAGCUUUAGUCUUGAAGCUGCUCGUGUUGCCGCACCGGUUCUGGAGUCCAUCAAGGACCAGUUAAAGGAAGUUGACUUGUCUGAUUUCAUUGCUGGAAGGCCAGAGGAUGAAGCUCUUGAGGUCAUGACCGUUUUCUCCACUGCGUUGGAGGGCAGCAUCCUUAGAUCCCUGAACCUCUCAGACAAUGCUUUGGGUGAAAAAGGCGUCAGGGCGUUUGAGGCACUUCUCAAGUCACAGAGUUGCCUCGAAGAGCUCUACUUGAUGAACAAUGGCAUUUCAGAGGAAGCUGCGCGAGCAGUUUGUGAACUGAUUCCAUCUACUGAGACACUUAAGGUCCUUCGUUUCCAUAACAACAUGACUGGUGAUGAAGGAGCACUUGCAAUUGCUCAGGUUUUGAAGCGCUGCCCUUUGCUUGAGGACUUCCAAUGCUCCUCCACAAGGGUAGGAGCCGAAGGUGGGGCAGCCUUGGCAGAAGCACUAGAGUCUUGCACUAAGCUCAAGACAUUAGACCUCCGAGAUAAUAUGUUCGGGACUGAAGCUGCAGUUGCUCUUGCCAAGGCAAUUCCCAAGUUUCCUUCCUUGAGCGAGAUUUAUCUGUGCUAUCUAAACUUGGAAGAUGAAGGUGCUACAGUUAUAGCAGAUGCACUCAAGGACUCAGCUCCAUCCCUCGAAGUCUUCGACAUGAUGGGAAACGAUAUAACAAUUGAAGCGGUUCCUAGUAUCGCCGCUUGCAUUGCAUCGAAGCAGAACCUGAAGAAGUUGAACUUGGAUGAGAACGAACUCAAGGAUGAAGGUGCUGUGCAGAUUGCAAAGGCCUUGGAAACGGGCCAUUCACAGUUGAAGCGAGUGGAUGUUAAUACCAAUGCUAUUGGUAGGGCAGGAGCUCGUGUAUUUGCCAAGGUUGUGCUUCAGAAGCCAGAGUUCGAGUUGCUGAAUAUCAAUGCGAAUUUCAUAUCCGACGAAGGGAUUGAUGAGUUGAAGGAGGCCUUUGAAAAGUGUCCUGAAAAGCUUGGCCCGCUUGACGAGAAUGACCCUGAUGGAGUAGGUGAUGCCGAGGAAUCUGAUGAGGAGGAUGAUGGCGACGAUGAUCGUGAGUUGGACUCCAAGUUGAAGCAUCUCGAGGUCAAUGAAGAGGAUGAAUAAUUUCAUUAAUCUAUGUCAUUGCGGCUAUGUAGAAGAUAAUUGCAGCAGGUUUUUAUUUUUCUCGUGUUCUGCUAAAAGUCUUUGCAUUUUAGCAGGGCUGUAGGUUGGCAUCUCACUUUUGUUGAUGAACGUUUAGCGUUUAUUCAGUAGGUCGGUAGAGAUGUGCGAAUGAAACCUGGCUUUCAUUCUAUAUGUAUCCUGUUUUGUUGCUAGUCUGUUGUGGACCUUUGCUAGGCAAUCUCUGUCGAUGUAGCUUAAGAAAAAUCUCGGGUCUGAGAUUUCAUCUCUAGACUCACUUGAAUGUUGGAUUAGACUUAUGGAUACGGGUGACGAUCCAAUUGAACUAUACCGUAGCCUAUUCUACCUGGUCAGAUCAAUCACUAUUCUGAUCCUACAUCAACUCCUGGAGUUUUGUUCUUCGCCUGGCAGCCUAAAGGAAGAUAAUGGCUGGAAAAGAUGGAU